AUGGGGGUCACAGAUGAGAAGGAACCUGGGGAAGAUGAGCGUGGCUCAGACAAGGCCAAUGUUGGAUUUGUUCUUGCCAGAGCGCCAGACCUACAGGGAAAUGCUGGCCAGAGGAAAGAGGCUGAGAGCAGAAGCCUGACACUCAGGCUCCAGCAGUGUCAGCUCAGGGUCCAUGACGUGCAGGAACUCAUAGCCCAGCUCCAGGAAGGCCCCUGCCUGGACGAAGUAGACCUUUCAGGAAACCAGCUGGACGAUGAAGGCUGUCGACUGAUGGCAGAGGCCGCAUCUCAGCUGCACAUCACCAGGAGUCUGGACCUCAGCGACAACCGGCUCUCUGUGGACGGGGUGCCUUGUGUGCUGAGGGCGGUGAGCACGUGCCAGACCCUGGCCGAGCUGCACAUCAGCCUCUCAGGCAAUGCUCUGGGGGACGAAGGCGCAGCCCAGCUGGCCCAGCUGCUCCCAGGGCUGGGACCUCUGCAGUCCUUGGACCUCAGUGAGAACAGUUUGUCCCUGGAUGCGGUGUUCAUGUUGACCCCGUGCUUCUCAACUCUGCAGUGGCUUCUCCACUUGGACAUCAGCUCUGAGAGCCAGCACGUCGUCCUGAGAGGUGACAGAACAGGCAGGGAUCAAUUGGCUGGUGGAUCUUUGCCAGAGUUCCCGGCUGGAGCCCAAUUCUUGGCCUUUCGUCAGCCCCACGUCCCCAGGAGCCUCUGCCUCAGGCACUGUCAGCUGGAGCCCCUGAGCCUCACCCACCUCUGUGAGACUCUGGAGAAGUGCCCGGGGCCUCUGGAAGUCAACAAUUACCUUACAAUAGAGAAACCCAAGACAAGCCUGCCUCACCUAAAUCAACCCUUCUCCACAUCCAGUCAGUGCUGUCGUCGGUCCCUGUGACCCACCUUGUCUGUGCGCAUGUUUAGUCUUUGCCUAUUAGAGCCACAGACGGGCUGCAUUCUCCGUGGUUUUCCCGACGGUCUUUGGUCUUGCUUUCCCGCUCCCAUCUCUGAUGCCCUCCUGGCCCUUGUGAGCAGCUCAUCCACGGUCACCUGGUGUCCGUCCUUCCGGGCCCCUCUCCUUGGGCACGCACAUACAGACCCGGAUCAAGGGGUUUUUGACAUCGUUAACAGACACGGGAUUUUACCAUGUCAGGUCUCCAGAGCGAGCUUUUGUCUCGGGACAGUACGUCGUGACUUCCCUGGGAUGUGGAGUCCAUGAACUUUUUAGUAAAGCGUUUAUUUUAGAAUAGGUUAAGGCUUGAUUUACAGAAGAGUUGCAAAGCUAGUCCAGAGAGUUCCUCCGCCCUGGUCCCUGGUGGUUAAUAUCACCCGUCAUGGUCCAUUUGUCACGACUGAGAAACCAACCUUGUUGCUACAUUCACCACCACACUCCAGGCUUUGUUCAGAUGCCCCUAGUUUUUCUCCUAAGACCCUUUCUCUGACCCAGCAUCCCGUCCAGGAUCCCACAUGGCAUUUAGGAAUCAUGUUCUCAGCCUCUCUGGUCUGUGACGAUUUCUC